UGAACAGUGCUACGUCAGAACUACAUCAAUAUCAUCACAAUAUCAAUCAGUGCAACAUUUACUUCCUGUCCAGAGUCUCAUAGACAAAUUAUCGUACAAUUAUCAGAGUUAUGUAGUGAUUAAUUAUCUAAUUUAGAUAUUUAGAGAGGAGGGACAGGUAAUGAGAGAGGCACGGUAAGGAGACACAGACAAGUUGUGAAAAAGGUAAAGCGAGAAGAGACAAACACUGUGAGAGCGCGAGAGGGAGGAUGGGUGACAAGUGGUGAGAAAGGAGUACGGAUAGACAUGUGAUGAGACAGACAGAUGGAGAUAAAAGAUACAGGCUGUGAGACAGCAGAGUGAGGAAGAGACAGGACAGUUGGUGUCGUUGCUCCAAGCCACUGUUGAAGACUGAACUGAAACAAACAGGAUCACACGCAGACCCCUCUGAGAGACGGAAUCGCCCAACAGGACACUAAACUGGACUGGAUCUUAUCCUGGUAAACUAAAUGGCCAAGUUCAGAUUAAUACAUUAAUGGAUUAUAAUUGCUAAUUGUUAAUGCAUUAAUAAUUAGCACUACAAAAAAUACUUCAUAUUGUCAAGUACUUAAUUUAUAAAAGUCCAUAAUAAUCCAUUAGUUGAGGCAGAUUAAUCUGUAAAUUAACUUGUAGCUAAUGUUGUUAAAUACUUGGUUGAAAAACGUACCCAACAGUCAUACUUAAGUAAAAGUAAAUAUUGUCUUAAAACAUCACUUUUGUAAAACUGAAAGUCAGCAACACAAAUAGUAUGUAAAGUAGCUGAUAUUAAAUGUUGUUUGCUAUCAAAAGUAAUUUUCUGUCAAAUAAUGUACUUACAAGUACAAGCAACAUUUUAGUUAUUUGUAUGUAUAUACUGUAUAAUAGCUAUCACAGCCUGGCAAUUUAUCUAAUUUGAUGUUCCCAAUUAAAUAGAUAAACUCAUAAUUAAUUGCAUUACUUUUGGCUCUGAUUAUUUACAACACUUAAUACUAUAAUGUUUAAAUUAAUGCACUCAGUUACAUUCUACCAAUGAAUGUGAAUGUAUAAAAAAGCAGUAAUGAACAUAAAUUAGAUGUUUAUGUAUAUGUAUAAGUGUGCUGUUAGCUGUAAACAAUACAUAUAGUGUGAAGAAAUCUGAAUUUAUAUAAAAAGAGAAUAAUUAUGUACAGCAUCUAUAUCUAUACACGCCUAUAUACCAGACCAGUUCAACUGUCAACAAUUCUCCCCUUUUACAACCUCAUUUUGGCCCCAAACACUUUUACACAUUUUUUCAAAUCUGGAGCUUCAAAGAAAGAAGUUGAAUAGACCUGCUGUAUACAAUAUAUGUAUACAGCAAGCAGAAAUCAUUAUUGGUAGUGCAUGAUGAUAUGUACAUGUUAAAAACGGCGCCUUUAAAACUGUGAAAAUAUAUCAGAUUGAUGGCCUGUGGUGGAAAGUAGUGGAUAGUGGCAUCAUCUUCGUACAGGUGGAUUUUGAGUAGGCUAUUAAAUAACGCUAUCAAUUGCAUAAAAGUGGAUUCUGGAUAGUAAAUGACUGUAUCAUCUGCAUACAGGUGGAAUCUCAGUAUUAAAUAAUCCAUCAGAUCAAAUAUUCUGAAUAAUCAGAAACUAUAAACUAUGAGCACCGGAUUGAACAGAGGAGGAGGAGGAGGAAGAGGAGGGAGGGAGUUCUUCCUCAGCAGUCAUCGCUGUCCUGAAGUUGACAUGCUGCCUCAUCACAACUCAGAGACACAAAUUACUCCGCCAUGUUCAACAGUUCCCUCUGUGAAGAACCCCGAGGUCACUUGUACUCGUCAGUCUGAGGUGAAUUACCUGGAUGUCUCCUCCACCUCUUACUCUGAGGAAGAGGAGGAGGAGGAAGAGGAGGAGGAAGAGGGGAGCAUCAGCGAGUGGUCGGAGGAGGACCUCUCACUCCACUUCUCACCCUCAGUCAUCCUCCCAUCAGACGAUGAGUCUGAUCCAGAGAGCGGCUUCGAGUGUGUCGAUAUUACCAUGGAAACACUGGUGAACAGUCACGAGGGCGGGGGGUUAAAAAUGGUCCCCAAGCGACAGAUUCAACUGAAGAAGAAGACAGACGCUGAGAAGGAGAAAGCUGAGAAACUGCAGGUAAGUCUCCUAUCUGUUCACUAUUCUCAACUUGUCUGCCUACCUGUUUGUCUGUUUACCUGUCCACACUUCCAGGUUAUACAGAAGGAUGGGCCAGUUUCUAACAGUGAGGUGUCAGCCAAUGAGUCGCUAUGUCCCGUGAUCUGUCAGCGCCCUGAUCUAUUGCUACGUCAACACAGUAUGCCCGCUGCUCUCCAGACGCACUCAACAAUCAGUGGUGAUGUCGACAGCCACAGGGUCUACAAGGGCUUGGUUGCAGGGGCCAGUCAAGGGUUACCUGGUGGAGGAAACUCAAGGCAGCGACUUCAGAAGUCUUUCUCUUUGGAUGAAACCAAAACAAAGAUGGCUUCCUGCAUCAUUAAGAGUGUUCUGUCCAAGAAGAUGCAGGAGGAGCAAAAGAACUCUAAAACCUCCCAUCUGCAGAAGAAAUCAGCGGUGUUAACCAGCCUCCCUCAGCCUGCAGACCAGCAGAGGUUGAGGGACGGGGGAGGAAGUAAGACGGGUGGAGGUAUUCCUAAAGCCCCAGUUCAUGUGGUGAGAGACGUGAGGAGUUUAGUUAAAAACAUCCGUAGCCUCUCAUUCUCCGCUGCUGAAAACAACAACAAGCUAACAAGUAUUAAGGUGAUUGCUCAGGAGGAAAGCCCCCCACCUACAUAUCAGCAGGCUGUGGGGGUCAAAGAUCAUGAUGAAAUGAAGAGGAAGUGUAAGGCUUCAAAUCACAGCAGCUCCACUGGAGGACACAUCACCAAAGUCGCUUCAUCUCUCAGCCAAUCACAGGACAGGAAGCAGAGCAAAACGAUCAGUCGUCCAAUCACACAGCAGAGACGAGGCAGUGAACCAAUAAUAAACAGAAGUAAGGUGGAUGAUGUCACCUGGCCUGUUGAGUUGUUAGAUCUUCCAACCAACACACCCACUAGUAAACCCCUCUCACAGCUCAGCCAAUCAGAGAGGGUCGGAGGUGUGAGUCUCCAGGCAAUGACCUCCCUUCCUCAUCCCCCCUUGACCUCCAGACACCCUGAGAGCACCCAGGAACGUGUCUCCAUCAUGGGUGUGACCUCUCAGUUUCCCCCCAACUCCUCCCAACAGCUCCUCCACCCUUGUUUCUACACCCCCACUCCCCUGCCUGCUUUCCCCCCAACCCUGCACCCUCACGUGGGGAAGGUCAGCUACUUACAGACCCCAGUGAGCUACAUUCAGACCCAGCUGCAGCCUCCACCUGCUUCCACACUCCAUAUGAUGAGGAGGUCUGAGGAGAACCAAAGCAGGUCUACUGGAAACACCCCAGACGAGCAAGACCGCUUCAUUAACACCUAUCCAGCUCACCGGACCAGGGUCACUGGCGACCACGAGAGCAACAGCAACACAGUGACACCUGCAACAGAGGAGCAACAUGAGCAACAGAAACAUCAGCAGCAGCCGUUUCUGUGUAGCGUUCAGGGUUGUCUACCUGCACAGGUGGGUAGUGACUUACUCCUGGACAUCACGGGUUCCAAUGCAGGACCUGGGACCCUCCUCAGUGGCCCUGCACCUUGUCAUGUAAUGUUAGAUCCUAAAAGUGGGCGGUGCUUCUAUGUGGACAUGCCCCCACAGCCUCAGAGAAAGAUGCUGCUGGAUCCAGAAACCGGUCAGUACGUCCAGGUGUUCCUACCUGCAGCCAGCUCUGCCCCCAACAAUGGGGUGGUCCCAGUGCGCUGCGCGAACCCCGUCCCUUUUGCCCCUUCCAUGAUCAACCCUGCCCCCACUGUCUUGUCACUGAUGCAAUUCCAGCCAACUGUUGCGAUGUCACCUAUGUAUGCCACUCCAUGUCUCCCCUUCACCCUGCACACACCAUCAGUUCACUUCACACAUACAGCACCAUGAUGACAUGUAUGAUGACAUGCCAUGUGUAUCUGCAGCUUGAGAUUUAAUUUCCCUCUUGGUGGCGGAAAUUUACAUUCACUAGUACAGCAGUUAAGUGCUACUUCCUACUUCUACUCCACUAUAUUUCACUCCACUUUAUACUUCACUGCAUUUAUUUGUAGACUUUAGUUACUAUUACUUUGAAAUUGAAACAGCCCAGGCUCAAGCCAAAGCACAUAAUAGACCCACCAAUCUGUUCGAGGUCAGUGAAUUAGAGUAACAGUACAUGCGUGUCUGAAAAUGCAGUACCAGUAGGGGGCGAUAAUGAUGUAAGACGAGGACAAAUUUAGUAGAAAGAGCCAGAAAGUUUUUGUUGGAUUGGAGUUUGUUAGUAAGGUAAGAUGGUCCUGAAACUAUGACCUUUUUCUAAACCUAACCAAGUUGUUUAGGUGUAUUUAUUUUGAAAGUCUAACUGGAUGUUGCAAGUUUAUUAAUGACCAAGGAAUGUGAGAUGUUGUUUUCAGGGGUAGUAUGGCCAAAUGAGGCAGUGACAAGGUGGACGGAUGGUUCUAUUAUAUGGUUUGGUGUGAUAUGAAGCUGUUGAAAAGCUAGAAUGAGAAUAUGCUGCUAUACAUUAAAUUAAACUGCCAAACAGUAUAAAAAUACAUCAAAUUAACUUUACUGCAACCAACUACAACCUUAAAAUGUCUGACAUUAUGAUUUAAAAUAAUAUAACAACCUUAGCUCCCAUUUGGCUGCUUGACUGAGAAUGAACACUUUCAGCAAAUUUUCUCUUCUUUUGAAUGCAGGGCUAAAUACUUCUUCCAUCACUGCUACCUCUCUCUUUUCAUACCCACCACCAACACCCACCGAACUCCUUAUCCUUCAAAACCUAUGUGGUAUUUUUUUAUUGGCACCUUUUAUUCAUGUAUUUAUUUAUUUAUAUUUGUCUAUAUGAGUUUUGUGAGCAUGCUGUAUUAUACAUGUGGGGUUUGAUCGCACUUUAUUGAAUACAAAUCCUUCCUUUCUUUUUUAAUACAGAAUUCAGAAGUAUUGAUGAUCUGAAACAGUUGAUGAAUGUAUAAAGGUUUUGGCUCUUGAAACAAAACAAAAUAAGAUUUGAGAUAAAGAGGUGAUAUUAUGUAAAAAAAACAACAACAACAACAACAAAAAAACAAUUAACUGUCAUGUACUGUAAGCUGAUGCAGCAGCUGAAGUAACAGCUGACUGCUUGUUGUCACUGUGUUUAUUGGUUAUUGAUAGUGAUGUAUUUGUUUGCCCAACAAGCCAAUAUCCACCUCUCACUAUGACAUUAUUUCACCUCAUUGUUUUGGGUUGUUUGAUUUUAUUUUUUACACAAUUUUUUACAGACGUUUGGUGCUUUUUACAGAUUUUUCCCUGAAAGUUUACAAUGUGACACACAUGAAGAGAUGACAAAGGCUAAAGAGAAAAAAAAACCCUUACUUUCUCAGUGGCAUAUUGGCAGCAUAUUGGCUUUAUUAAGAAGAGAAAAUAAUCACAGCAUAAAAUGAUUACAGUUUUUUAAAAUUUUAAAGUUUAGACUUUAACAAUCAGAAUUAAAAUGAAAAUUGUUCAUACAUUUGUCAAUAAAAAUAUUUUAUGUCACUUUUUGCACAAUUUUUUUUACAGUGCUUACUCUGUAACAACAAAAUGCUAUCUAUUUUCUGACGUUUUAAAUAAAAACAAAUAAAAAGUAAGAACUUCUUUCUCAGUUUCUUGCACAGUUUCGUGAGGUCAUGAAAACGCUGAGCAAUUUACAGCAGAUUCUUUGUUGUCUUGAGUUAAAGUACAAUUUGAUAAAAAGACAUGAAAAAAAGCCAUUGUGCACAUCCCCUCGUCCGUCAAAGUUAUAAGGGGUAUCAACAAGCUGUGCCAUCCCACUGAGGGACAGUUCUGAUUGCCUUGUUAAACAUGAGCAAUUUGCUGACUGUAGAAUUUGUAAAUGUGAAGAGCAGCUUGAUCCUUUGAUGAAACUUCUGAAGGUUUCUGAUGAUUGUCUGUUAAUGGAGCAUGUGACAGAAUAUGAAGCUCUGUCGUUGGAUGUUUGUUAGUGAAAUGUACCAUGGAGGUUUUACUUCUGUCCUUCAGUUUUAAUGCUCACAGGCUUAUCGAGGCUUUGAUUUUUUUUUUUUUUUU